AACAAGAACCACUAACUUCAGGUUUGAUCUGUCGGUCACGUGUAUGGGGCACACCUCCGGUUGACCAAGCCGAACUAGUACUAAGGUUACUACUCUGACUCACCAACUACUCACGAUCAUUGGAAGAUCCGAUGGGUGAGCGCUGCGAGUGGAGCUUGAAAACCGGUUGACCUGCCGAUCCGCCCCUAGGACUCUUUGCCUCCUAAAAUUAUCCAAGUCGAAGUCCUUUCUUCUUUUACAACCAUGAUGACGGCGACUGGAUUCUUGUCGCUUCCUAUCGAGCUCAUAUGUUACAUCCUGAUCCUCCUUACCCCGAGGGAUGUUAGUCGUUGUGCCGUGACCUGCAAAUUUUUUUCGGGUGUGGUCCGGAAUUCUGUUGACAUCCAGUACAAGCUUGAACUUUAUGCUCAAGGCUUCAUUAAUACUGAGAUUGCUACCAUGGACUCCUUCGGCAUUUCCUCAAAGAUGUGCUCACUCAAGAAAUUGGCAUCUUUGUGGCGGUCUGACUUCCAUGCGAACACUGUUUUUGAAACAUCGUUCGCUGCUGCCGAUCCAUUAUAUGCACUGCCCGAGAAAUACAUACCACCGAUCCAAUCAGUGAAAUGCGGGCUUUGGUGGAGUCGCAUGCGCGAUUUCCUCAUUCGGGACUGUAACACGAAUCCCAAACUCUCCCGGACUUGGUCUAAGGAUGAUUUAUUUCCUCAAUCCGUGCUUCCGGGCUUUGUUACCUUCGACGCUCUGCAGGAUCUUAUGGUCGUAUUACCUUGGCCUGAUGAUUUCACUGUGACCGAUGCCGGACAAGAUCACUGUGUCUUUUUAGUGGAGUUUCGGCUGGCUUCAUCCCAGCGUCCGCAUCCGCAUCCGAGUGCUGGUUGCGCUUCCUUUGAGUGCAAACAAUCCUUUGAUGCACCUGGUGAUUAUUGUGCUCGUUUUGAAAAGGAGCCUGAAAUCUGCGGUGAUCGUGUGUUUGUCUUCUAUCACAUAGUGGAUACAGAUGAGACACCAUUGCCUGGCAUGUUCAUACAAGUGAUUGAUUGGAGGAGGGGACACGCGAGUAAUCAUAUUUUCUGUCCACUAGGUCCCCUCGAGGAAAUUCAUAUACAUGUAAUUGACGAACAGAAGAUUGUCGUCGUCAGCUCAGAAGGCGUCAUGUCCUUGUAUACGUUGCAAGGGCUUGAUGGGUCGCCUCAGUGCCGAAUUACAUAUCGUCUUCCUCAGAGCAGCCAUACAUUAGGCUUUCCACUGAUGUCUGUUCAUGCCCCCUCAUCAUUCCAUGGCACAGCGGCUCGCCCAGAACUUAUGCCCCAUUACGUGCCCUCCCUGGAGUCACAGAUCAUGGUUAUAGAGGUUUUUUCUUCAGCAGGGAGCGUUAUACUAGUCAUCGACAUGGUCAUCUUCUCUGACUUGGCUUUGCACUCCGAGUCAGAGAUGCCCAUCGACAUUCCGUGGUCGGAUUGGGGACCUCAGUACACGCACAUCUUUCCACAUCACGAGAGCCACCAAAUCAGCCUGUUUGGCAGCAAAAUGGCCUAUACUCUUCCCCAAGAUUGUACUCCUGAGCCUGGUCAAAGACUGGAAGAAGUCAAGGAUUACUUCUACGUGCACAUCUGGGAUUUCAAUAAACGAGCUCGUCCGGAAAGUUUCGACGAUCCCGACUCACUAGAUAUUCGCAUCUGCAAGCCGGGUCGGGUAACUCAGUCGUGCUUCGUUGAAGACACUAUCUUCUCGAAUCGUGCUUACGCUGCGGUCGUCUGUCAUACGCCUUUUCCCAUACCUGGCUUUCCAUUGUUGGAACAAGAUCGGCUUACUGUGACAUGGGCUCAAAAUGGCAUGGUUGAUAUCCAGGUCAUUUCGCCAGUCCCGACGGAAGGUGGCACGGACCCAUAUCUCUCUUCAUUGCCAGCUGAAGAACUUGCACCCGUUAAACGUCGCCGGGCUUCAAAAAGAGUCCAGAGGAAGAAAAGAAAAAGUCAUCGACUGAUGUAGCUACGUGACCUUUGGAUGAAUUCAAUUAUGUAUCGUGGCAGAAUAAGUUACGCUUUGUUCUAGUGCUUCGUUGUUGUAUUUCAUAUUAUUGAAUACAUCAGCAUCGAGAUAAUCCCACAGCCGGCGUCUUUUAUGUGAUGCAACCAACGCUUACGCAUGCAUGCAGG